AUGUCCCGGCGCAAGCAGCUCCAGCCCCGGCAGCUCGGGUCCGAAGAGGAGGCCACUGGCUCCGGCAUCACGGGAGGCGUGGAGAGCCAGGAGACGAAUGGAGGCUGUCCCAGCAGAGAGGACACGCACAUCUGUGACAAAUGCUGCGCUGAGUUCUUCUCGUGGACGGAACUGAGCGACCAUCAGAAAGUCUGCACUGAGGAGCCGCUGGUGCUGAUAGUUCAAGACAGUGAAGGGACGCCUGCUGCUGAGGAGUCUCCUGCGGGACCCUCUCCGGUCCCGAGCCUUUCGUCCAGUGACUCGUCCCCAGCCGACUUUGAGCUGGUGAACGACGACAGUCUGGAUCUUUUAGACGAACGCAGAGAGCAGGAUGAAGCCAUGGAGCUCGAGCUUUGCCCACAGGACAAAUUCACCUGCAGCUCUCAGCCUCUGGACUCAGUCGAGCCCUCGCCUCCCCAGGUGUCGGCCGCCGACAGCUACAACAUGCCCGGCACGAAUGUGACGCUGGAGAUCCUUCACAGCACCCGAGUAGCCGUGGCCCAGUUCUCCCAGGGGAUCACCGGCAGCGGAGCGGGAGGGAAGGCGGCCUCGGCGGCCAUCCCGGUGAUCCUGGAGCACCUGCUGGCUCUGCAGCAACAACAGGUCCAUCAGCUGCAGCUCAUUGAGCAGAUCUGCAGCCAGGUCGCCGUCAUGAACAGACAACCAACUCAAGCUGCGUUGAACCCCGGCUCCAGGUCCCUGUCCCUGAAACAGAAACCGUUCUCCUCUCAAGGCACCAACCCUGCUCCCAUCCUGCCUCUGUCAGGAUCAACUCCCUCCUCCGUCAUUGGACAGGUGGCGGUUUCCUUGUCAUCCAUGCUUGAAAAGUCACAAAAUCUCCCCCCACUCACUGUAUGUGGGAAGUCCACCUUCAGAGACGUUACUUGUACCUCAGCCUCCUCAGAAACUCCAUCUCUGUCCAGCAGCAGCAGCAGCAUCCCCACGUUACUGCCUCCGUACUCCGGCUCCCACGGCAGCGGCCUCAGCUGCACCCAGACACUGAGCUCCUCCAGUCCGCUGUCCCUGGGGCAGAGCAGCCUCCUCAGCUCAUCCUCCAACCUGCCAUUUCUACCUCAGAGCCCCCCCAGCAGCGUGAUCUUCCCCAAUCCGCUGGCGAGCAUCGCUGCCACAGCUAAUGCACUUGACCCCCUUGCAGCCCUGAUGAAGCACAGGAAAGGGAAACUGUCUAGCGUCUCCUUGUUCGAAACCAAGCCCAGCCCGGAGGAACCCUUCUUCAAGCAUAAAUGCAGGUUCUGUGCCAAAGUGUUUGGCAGCGACAGCGCUCUGCAGAUCCACCUGCGCUCGCACACCGGAGAGCGGCCCUUCAAGUGCAACAUCUGCGGCAACCGCUUUUCCACUAAAGGGAACUUAAAGGUGCACUUCCAGAGGCAUAAAGAGAAGUAUCCUCACGUGCAGAUGAACCCUUACCCGGUGCCAGAGUAUCUAGACAACGUGCCAACUAGUUCUGGGAUUCCCUACGGAAUGUCCCUCCCUCCAGAAAAGCCCGUCACCUCAUGGCUCGAUAACAAACCUGUUGUAGCAGCUCUGCCGGCCACCAUGGGUCUUGCGCUGUCCUCCACUAUUACCAGUAUCGGAGGCUCAAAUGACCCUGUAAGUGUAACACCAUCCGCUAGGUCUCCCUACCAGCCAUCUCCUGCUGAAUGUGUGUCUUUGUCACCGAACCACAGAGGCAGCGAGGCUCAUUUCUCUCCUGUUUCAGAGUCUCCACUGUCUAACCUGGAGAAGGAAGCAUCCAAUAUACCGAAAGCAGAGGGAGUACACCUGCCUCAGAGCUGCACCCUGAGGCUGAGAGCCACCCCAGUGACAGAAACCACCAACUCCACAAUCCCAUCUGUGGCCACCACUCCCGAACCCGUCACCCCAGCGUCGCCCGACCCCAAUUCCCCGCCACUGUCGCUCCACUCGGAGGAAACUAAAUUCCCGUCACUGGGCCUCUUCGAUUCUAUGCAAACCUCUGAAACCUCAAAGCUUCAGCAGCUGGUGGAGAGUAUCGACAGAAAGAUCACGGACCCCAACCAGUGCGUGCUCUGUCACCGUGUCCUCAGCUGUCAGAGUGCGCUGAAGAUGCACUACCGCAUCCACACCGGGGAGAGGCCCUUCAAAUGCAAAGUGUGCGGCAGGGCGUUCACCACCAAAGGGAACCUGAAGACGCACAUCGCCGUUCACCGAGAGAAUCCUCCGGUCCACGUGCAACACUCGUGUCCCAUCUGCCAGAAGAAGUUCACCAACGCUGUGGUUCUUCAGCAGCAUAUCCGCAUGCACAUGGUCGGGCAGAUCCCGGACUCGACCCUCGUGGACGGGCUGCAGGAGAUGGACAGCGACACCUCCAUCAACGGGAAGAACUUUGACAGCCUCAGCAGCAACAGCAACGACUAUAUUGAUGACAUUUCAAUGGAGGAUGAUAUUGGGGAGGAAGAGGUGGAAGAUAUGAGGGAAGACGCGAGUCCCUCUCGACCGUUGAUCUCCGAUUGCAACUCUCCUCCCAGGUCGUUUGCCAUCGUUUCAAGUCUAGCAGCUCUGGAGAACCAAAUGAGGAUGAUUGACUCGACUGUAAACCUGAACCACUGCUUCGGCAUGAAACCCCUGACCAAUGGUUUUAACGACGGCAGCCAACUGAACAUUAAAUGUACUUUAUCGGAGAAGAGGUUGGGGGACUCCAGCCCGAACGUGUCGGAAUCCUCCUGCUCGCCUCAUGCACCCGAGUCUCCCAUUCUAAGCAACUCAGAGGGAAGGACCGUCAAAUCUCCUGCAGUGAAAAACCACAGGCUGGAAUCCCAGGAGCCUUUGGCAGCGUCGGUGAAGAGAGAAGAGUCCGAGUCUCCCACGUCUGCAGCGGCUCCGGGGCGGAGAGGAACACAAGCUGGGAAACUGUGUGUGAAAGAAGAGACUCCCUACAGUUUGUCUUUCCAGCUGAGCAGAGACAGAGGUCAGACGCUCCCCAGCCUGGUCACCAGCACAUCAUCAGGCGCCAUAAAGACCGAGGUGAACGGUCACAGUCAACCACACCACCCCCCCGAAGGCCAGCAGCCGCCGUUCAGCGUCCACAUCCCCCCGGCGUAUCCGUCCGUCGGCAGCCCGGCGAUGACGUCCCUGCUCGGCCCCGCCCCCCCUCGCCGGCCACCGAAGCAGCACAACUGCAACGCCUGUGGGAAGAACUUCUCGUCAGCCAGCGCUCUGCAGAUCCACGAGCGCACGCACACCGGAGAGAAACCCUUCGUCUGCUCCAUCUGCGGCAGAGCGUUCACCACUAAAGGCAAUCUGAAGGUUCACAUGGGAACUCACAUGUGGAACAACGCCCCGGCCCGGAGAGGCCGGCGCCUGUCGGUGGAGAACCCCAUGGCCCUGCUGGGCGGCGAGGCGGUGAAGUUCGGCGAGAUGUUCCAGAAGGACCUGGCCGCUCGGGCCAUGAACGUAGACUCCGGGUUUUGGAACCGCUACGCCACAGCGAUCACCAACAGCCUGGCCAUGAAGAACAACGAGAUCUCGGUGAUUCAGAACAGAGGCCUCUCUCAGCUCCACCCUCUGAGCGCAGGCCUGGACAGAGUGAGCGCCGCAGGAAGCCCCAGGACCGGUCUCACCAAGACCAGCAUGGACAGACACUUCUCUAUGCUGAUCGACGACAGCAAAGAAAUUGGAAUAAAUUGA